AUGCCUUCAAUUACUACAUAUCGUGGGACUUCAAGUGGGAAGGUACAGGAGAGCACAGCUACAUGGCCUGGCCCUCCUGAUGCCCACAAAGUGACAGUUCGCAUCACUCACUCCGGUAUUUGUGGUACAGACGAACAUUACAAGUCACAGGAUAUGGUUCUUGGUCAUGAGGGAGUCGGCAUAGUGGAAGCAAUUGGCGAUUCCGUGGUAAGCGUCAACAUCGGAGAUCGAGUUGGCUGGGGGUACUGCCAUGGUAGCUGCCUCAACUGCGACUCUUGCGAUAAGGGUGAAGAGCUGUACUGCGAAAAGCGAGAGCUCUAUGGCUUCUGCGACUUGGAUCAGGGCUCAUUCGCGACUCAUGCAACCUGGCACGAGCACUUCCUCUUCCGCAUUCCAGAAACUAUUCCCUCCGCCGAGGCGGCUCCUUUGAUGUGUGCGGGUGCGGCCGUUUAUUCCGCUCUACGCAGCGCAGGCGUGCAGUGGCACCAUCGCGUAGGUGUUCUUGGCCUCGGAGGACUGGGGCAUCUCGCUGUCCAAUACGCUGCUAAGAUGGGGUGCCAUGUUACUGUUUACUCACACUCUUCCGGCAAAGAAGCAGCAGCACGAAGUCUAGGAGCGUCAGAUUUCCAAGUCAUGGGAGACAAUUCUCUCCCAGGUCGUGCCGUCGACUGUAUGCUUCUCACCGGCGCUCAACAGCCAGAUUGGUCAGCAGUUCUGCCACUCGUCCGUCGAGGUGGAGUAAUUAGCGCUGUUACGGUUGAUUCGUCCGAGCUGAGAUGCUCAUAUGGAGAGAUUCUAAUGAACGCUCUCCGGAUUCAAGGAAGCCUGCCUGCUGCGCCACAUGUCCAACGCGAGAUGCUUAACUUUUCGGCGCUCCAUAAAAUAAAACCUAUUAUUGAGACUUUCCCAUUCAACAAGGAGGGCAUCGAUGAGGCGAUGGAGAAGCUUCGUCAGGGCAAGAUGCGAUAUCGAGGCGUUCUAGUGAGGGAAUCUUAG